AUGAUUGAAACCAUGCAGGCAGGAUUAUGGAUACAUGCACAUGUCAUUGAUGCUUGGACUGAUGUUUUGAACUAUGAAGAAAAGCUUAAAUCAAAUUAUACAGUGAAUCGGUAUUUCUUUGAUGCAUCAAUGGUGAGACAGUUCAUAUUUGACAAAAAUAUCCCUUUCAUUGAAAGAUAUGAUAAAUUUGAGUCAAAUAUCAAAGAUGCAAUGAAAAAGGACAAAGAACUUCUGACAUUUGAAAAAGUUCACUUGGUGUUUUUCCCAAUUCAUCAAAAAAAUCACUUUUACAUCAUCUGCAUAAACUUAGAGGAACCAGCGGUUGAUGUCAUUGCCAAUAGGAAUUUAGUUGCAAAGUUUUCUAGAGCUUAUCGUGAUGCACCUAAUGAAUUGGUACUUGAUGAGGGUCAAUCAAAAAUCAACUUUAAUUUUGGAGGGUGUUGA